AAACGAAAAAAAAAAAAAAGACAAAGACGGAGAAAACAGAUAGAACUCCCCGCAAAGUGCCUGUGUGCACAAACGCAAGCCGCAAUAGCUGUGCGCCAAAUCAAUUUACGGCGCACACAAACGUAACGUGAAAAUCGAUUUAAGUUUUUGUCUGCUGUUGCCAGCAGUCUGCUAUGCACACUUAAUGUACAAUUGUACAAUUAAUUUCAUUCUACCUUCGCCACACAGCAAGUGUAAAAUGCACGCUUACUCAGGCCAGGCGAGGCCAACAUUUUAUCGCCGCUGCUGCAACGGCAGCUGGAAUAGCUGGGCGCUGCGUCUGCUUACGCUGUGGGUCCUCAUCACUGGCUGCACUGCAGCCGAUACGGAUAUAACGCUCGAUGCCAAGGCGACGCUCAAUCAUCGCAUUCAAAGUCUCGAUUUGCUGGUAUUCGUAUUUUUGCUAGCCUUAACUGUAUUAACCAUUUGGCUAUUCAAACAUCAUCGCGUUUCGUGGCUACAUGAGACUGGAUUGGCUGUUAUUUAUGGCUUAAUUGUGGGCGCCAUCAUACGAUAUGCGGGCACAAACACCACCCUGGUGCACAUGCAGGUGGAGCCGCAGGGCGUACCCACCUAUAAUGACAAAUUGCCACCGGACACACUGUGGUUCAAGUAUCCGGUUAAUCAAACGAAUUCCACAAAGCUGCCCGAGGGUGUGAAGACAUAUGCGUACGUGUUCCGUGGACAGGUGUACGAUAUCGAGGAGAACGAAAUCGAUUUGAAGGCCACAUUCGAUCCGGAGGUCUUCUUCAAUAUUAUAUUGCCGCCCAUUAUAUUUUACGCUGGCUACAGCCUAAAGAAGAAAUACUUCUUUCGCAACUUGGGCGCAAUUCUCACGUUUGCCAUUGUGGGCACCACCUUAUCGGCGUUCCUAAUCGGUGGCCUGAUGUACGGCUGUGUGAAACUGAUGCCAAAGUACUUGAGCAGCAGUUUCACAUUUCUGGACACGCUGUAUUUUGGGGCGCUGAUAUCGCCCACAGAUCCGCUCACCAUACUGGCCAUAUUCAACGAUCUCCAUGUCGAUGUUAAUCUCUAUGCGCUUGUAUUGGGCGAAUCUGUGUUGAACGAUGCCGUUGCCAUCGUGCUGAGCGGGGCCAUUCAGAACUACGGCGAGCAUUAUUCGAAUACGGGAGAAUUCGAGACUACGGCAUUUCUGCGCUCGCUGAGUGACUUCUUCUCUAUCUUCUUCUUGUCUCUGAUGAUUGGCGCUAUGAUGGGCUGUUUUACGGCAUUGUUGACCAAGUUUACGCGUGUUCGUGACUUUCCUCUGUUGGAGUCGGCGCUGUUUGUGCUCAUGAGCUAUAGCACAUUUCUGUUGGCCGAGGCAACGGAGCUGACCGGCGUGGUGGCUGUAUUGUUUUGCGGCAUUUGCCAGGCGCAUUACACGUACAACAAUUUGUCGGAGGACUCGCGACAGCGCACCAAACAGAUCUUUGAGCUGCUCAACUUUCUGGCAGAGAACUUUAUAUUCUCCUACAUUGGCGUCUCGAUGUUCACCUUUCCUAAGCAUCAUUUCGAUGCAGGCUUCAUAAUAACAGCUUUCAUCUGCGCUGCUCUGGGACGUGCUGUCAAUGUCUAUCCUUUAUCCUGGCUAUUGAACAUUAAGCGCAAACCAAAAAUCUCAUCGAAUUUCCAACACAUGCUUUUCUUUGCUGGUUUACGAGGCGCUAUGUCCUUUGCCUUGGCCAUUAGGAACACCGUGUCCGAUGCUCGGCAAACCAUGCUAACAGCCACAUCGCUGAUUGUCAUAUUUACGGUCAUCAUUCAGGGCGGUGCGGCUAACUUCUUCCUCACCUGGUUGAAGAUACCCGUUGGCGUCGACGAGGAGACUGAGCAGCUAAAUAAUUAUCAGGUACACAGUGUUUACAAUUCCAUGGACAAUUCACAUUCGGCUCCGUCUGAUGGCUAUUUACAGGACGUGGAGGGCGGCACCGGUGGUGUUGGGCGUGGCAAGGCACGCCUAUCGAGUGGGGCUGACUCGAAUUUGGAUACGCCAAUCGAUGGCAAUGCAGCGACAGCGGCGUGCGGACGACGACGCAACAGCCACGAGAAGGCGAUUCUGGCGCGAAUCUGGGGCAACUUUGACACGAAAUAUAUGAAGCCGCUGCUGACGCACUCGCGGCCCACUCUGCUGGAGACAUUGCCCGUCUGCUGUAAUCCCAUUGCCAGGCUGCUAACCACCACGCAGCAGUUGACGCAGGAUGGCAGCGAGUUUCGACGAGUCGACUCCGACUCGGACAUAUGCAUUGACAACGACACUGGCAAUGGGCUCAGCCAGGAUGGCCUUGCUGGAGGGCGUCGCAACUCCAUAAAUCGUAAUCUAACAUGCGACUAACCAUGUUACAACCGAACAUAGGAAUGUUCAUAUCUAAAUUGAUUUGUUGCUAUAUACAUACACACAUAUUUAUGAAAUUGGUCUCAUUUAAGAUGAAAAUUUAAUGCGUACAAACUAGAUUUUUAUUUAAAAACAUUUUUUUAGUUGUUAAAAGUUUUGUGAUUUGGAUUCUAGUUAACAAUCUAUGAGUUACUUUAAUCAUAAUUUUGUUAAAUGUUUAAUUUGUAUUU